AUGACAGGCCCACCGACGCCUCCCAUAACCUCUGCGAUUGAGAUUGAGGACGCCGCCCGUGCCGCAGCGGCAGCAUCUGAAGCCCCCGGGGCAACAGUGGUCACUGGCGAGACCGCGCCUGCAACUCCAGGAGAGCCUCAAGCUGCGACGCCGUACAGGCAAGCAUUCGCAACUUUAGUAGAACUGGCGUCAGCAGGCAGCUUUGAGAUGCUUGCAGAGGUGGCGGAGAGUGCUGAUCUUACCACAGCACAAGAUACCAGCCCGGAACGAUUCUUAGUUGUGGCUCCUUUGAUCCUUUCAUACUACAUAUUGGACAACGUCCCCCCAGCUCUACAGGCCAUUGCGAGGCUACCUGACGUCCUGAAGACACAUCCUCUUGGACAGGAAUUAUUCAGGCUUGGUGCCUCUGUAUUAGAGCGCAAGUAUGGCAACGUAUAUCCACGCGCCAACGACCUACUUCAAGUUCUCCAGAGCACCCAGAUUUCUGGAGCCGACUUCCAGGCUGUCACUACCGGACUGCUGACCAAAUUUAUUGAUACGUUCAGACAGAGGACGCUUGUACUUCUAUCGAAAGCGUACACAUCGAUCCCACUUUCGCUCGCUCAGUCUUAUCUGAACUGUCUUCCAGAGCAAGUCCUUGCUGUGGCGACUCAGCAUAGAUGGGGCUACGAUGCGAGUACUCAAACUCUGACCCCU